UCAGGCGAGGUGGAGGGCGAGGACUACCGGUUCGUGUCGACGAGCGAGUUCGACGCGAUGGUGGAGCGCGGCGAGUUCAUCGAAUGGGCGACCAUCGGCGGCCACCGGUACGGCACGACGGUCGCGUCGGUGCAGGCGCUCGCAGCCGAGGGCAAGGUUUGCGUGCUCGACGUCGACGUGCAGGGCGCGAUCGCCGCUCGCUCCGACUUGCGGCCAUAUUGCGUGUGGGUCGCGCCGCCUUCGUUUGGCGCGCUGCGAGAGCGUCUGACGGAGCGCGGCACCGAGUCGGAGGAGGAGAUCUCGCGGCGAGUGUUGCGCGCCAGGGAGGAGAUCGAGUUCUCCCUCACGACGCGCUGCUUCGACAAGGUGAUCGUCAACGACGAUUUCGACGCCGCGAGCCGAGAGCUGCGCGAAGCCGUCCUUGAGGCUCUCGCACCGUCGGCUUGA